UCUGGGGGCAAAGGGUAGGCAGUAUUAGUCUGGACAUCAGCGCCUCAUCCGCACUUGCAGACUCCAGCCAUGGCGGGGCCUGAAUGGGAGUCCCUGGAGCAAUGUUUGGAGAAGCACCUGCCACCCGCAGACUUGAGGGAGGUGAAACGCAUUCUCUAUGGCAAGGAAACCAGGAAGCUUGAUCUGCCCAGCAGGGCUUUUGAAGCCGCCUCCGAAGGGGACUUUGAGCUGCAGGGGUAUGCCUUUGAGGCCGCAGAGGAGCAGCUGAGACCACCUCGGACCGUGCGUGUGGGGCUUGUUCAGAACAGAACUCCCCUGCCUGCAGAUGCCCCUGUGGCAAAACAGGUCACUGCGCUUCACAGACGCAUAGAAUCCAUCGCAGAGGUGGCCGCUGUGUGCAGAGUGAACAUCAUCUGUUUCCAGGAAGCAUGGAGUAAGUCUCUCCUGGGGCGCUUUCUCUGCUGCCUUCAGAUAAUAGUGUAUUAUCUCCAUACCCCGUCUAGCCUUCAAAUAGAAGCUCAGAGCCCACCUCCCUAUCUCAAGCUGGCAAAGAAGCAUGACAUGGUGGUGGUAUCUCCUAUCCUGGAACGAGACAGAGAGCACGGGGACGUUCUGUGGAACACAGCCGUGGUGAUCUCCAAUUCCGGAGCAGUCCUGGGAAAGACCAGGAAAAACCACAUCCCCAGAGUGGGCGACUUCAACGAGCUCACGGAUGCUUUCUUUUGCUCCUCCAAAGCUCACCAGGACUUUGGCUACUUUUACGGCUCGAGCUACGUGGCAGCCCCGGAUAGCAGCCGCACUCCCGGGCUCUCCCGCACCCGGGACGGGCUGCUGGUUGCUGAGCUCGACCUGAACCUCUGCCGGCAGGUGAAUGACAUCUGGAACUUCAAGAUGACCGGCAGAUAUGAGAUGUACGCUCAGGAGCUCGCUGAAGCCGUCAAACCCAACUACAGCCCCAAUGUUGUGAAAGAGUAGCUGGAUUUUAGCCCCUGCCCGCCAAGGAGGGCACCUCUGCAAGUACAUCAGGCUUUACAAAAGCCCAAGUUCCCCCUGAUGAUGUCCUGAUAACACUGUUGGUUUAAAAAUGUUCCAGGCGGGGAGGGUAGAUUGAAGAGUAACUGCAGUGGGUAUGAGGUUUCCUUCCUGGCUGAUGAAAUGUUUUGGGCCUACACAGAAGUGAUGGUUACACAACACUGUGAAAGUACCCAUGUGAAAUGCCACUGAAUUGUAUACUUUAAAACGGCUAAAUCUAUGUCAUGUGAAUUUUACCUCCAUUAAAAAAAAAAAUCUCAGGCACUGAUGGUGCAGGUGGAUUUGCACUUAGACACAUGGGAUGCCCUAGUUCUGAGGUUCCUCUCUUCCUCUGUUUAGACCGUCGGCAACCUGAGGGUAAGGGUGGGAGCGUAUGUGCAAGUAGGGGAAGCUGAGGCUGAUCCAGAGUCAUUGAGCUAUUGGGUGGCUGUGGGCAGGGGAGACAGUCACUGGAUGUGUCAACAUGGCUCUGUCCCAACAUAUUCAAUCAGACGCUGAUCUGGGUGUUGCUAUGAAGGUAUUUUGUAGAUGUGAUUAAAGUCCAUAACCAGUCAACUAAGCAAGUGAGAUUAUUCUAGAUAAUCCAGGUAGGCCUGAUUCAAUCAGUCAAAAGGCCCUCAGGAGGAGAGCUGAGGCUUCCCCGAUGAAGAAGAAAUUCUGCCUGUGGAUAGCAGCUUCCCCCACCCCUAUGUGCCUGAGAGAUCCCAUUUGUUUUUCCUGAUCACCUGCCCUACAGAUUUCAGACUUGUCUCUCCAGCCCCCACAAUCACUUAAAUCAAUGCCUUGCAAUAAAUCUCUUAAUAUAUAUCCUACUGUUCUGCUUCUAAUCUUCAGGAUGAGUUUUCUGCAUUGGUGCUAGGUUUUCUGGAAUUCUUCUCUAAUUUGUUUCAUUUAAAGGCACUCAUGACUAUUUGCAGUGUUAAAGGGGGCCAUGGUAGUCCAUGGUAUGAUGUAGCAAUAGAGAUUUAUAGAGAGAGCAGACCAUCAGUCUGUGCCCCCCGAGUCUCAGCCUGCCAUUCCUGGUGGCCUGUCCCAUCUGGAUUUUAGGCUUGGCUAACCAG